UCCCACAAUGCACCGCACAAUGGCCCGACCGCCGCCACUACCGGGGCCUGAACGGGCCUGGCGGAGCCCGAGCGCGGCCCGGCCCGCAGCGCGGGGCCCCGAGCGCGAACCACACAACCCAUUUUGAGGCUUCCGUCAAAUACCCGGUUCUGGAGAACCCCAGUGAAGAGAUUGUUUUCUGAAGGCUGCGUUGGAGGCUGUGACAGAGCAGAGAGCCCAUGUGGAGCUGAUGGGGAGGCUUUCUGAAUAACAUGGCCCUUCGCCAUUAGUCUUGCCAUGACCACAUUUUUCACCAGCGUCCCCCCCUGGAUUCAAGAUGCAAAGCAGGAGGAGGAAGUGGGCUGGAAACUAGUUCCCAGGCCUCGGGGCCGGGAGGCGGAGAGUCAAGUGAAGUGCCAAUGUGAAAUCUCGGGGACGCCCUUCACGAAUGGGGAGAAGCUGAGGCCUCACAGCCUCCCCCAUCCAGAGCAGAGACCGUAUAGCUGCCCUCAGCUGCACUGUGGCAAGGCUUUUGCCUCCAAGUACAAGCUAUAUAGGCACAUGGCCACCCACUCAGCACAGAAACCCCACCAGUGCAUGUACUGUGAUAAGAUGUUUCACCGCAAGGACCAUCUGCGGAACCACCUGCAGACCCAUGACCCCAACAAAGAGGCCCUUCACUGUUCUGAGUGCGGUAAGAAUUACAAUACAAAGCUAGGCUACCGGCGCCACCUGGCUAUGCAUGCCGCCAGCAGCGGUGACCUCAGCUGUAAGGUGUGCCUGCAGACCUUUGAGAGUACCCAGGCCCUGCUGGAGCACCUGAAGGCCCACUCACGCCGAGUAGCAGGCGGUGCCAAGGAGAAGAAGCACCCCUGUGACCACUGUGACCGGCGGUUCUACACUCGCAAGGAUGUGCGGCGGCACCUGGUGGUGCACACGGGCCGGAAGGACUUCCUGUGCCAGUACUGUGCCCAGCGCUUCGGCCGCAAGGACCACCUGACACGUCAUGUCAAGAAGAGCCACUCACAGGAGCUGCUCAAAAUCAAGACAGAGCCAGUGGACAUGUUAGGCCUACUUAGCUGCAGCUCCACGGUCAGUGUGAAGGAGGAGCUGAGCCCUGUGCUGUGCAUGGCCUCUCGGGACGUGAUGGGGGCCAAGGCCUUCCCUGGCGUGUUGCCCGUGGGCAUGUAUGGCGCCCACAUCCCCACCAUGCCCAGCCCAGGCGUGCCCCACUCCCUGGUGCACGGCACGCUGCCCGUGGGUAUGAGCUACCCGCUGGAAUCCUCGCCCAUCUCUUCCCCAGCUCAGCUUCCUCCAAAAUACCAGCUUGGAUCUACCUCAUACUUGCCUGACAAAUUGCCCAAAGUGGAGGUGGAUAGUUUUCUGGCGGAGCUUCCUGGAAGCCUCUCUCUCCCGUCCGCUGAGCCCCAGCCCGCCUCACCUCAGCCGGCGGCGGCAGCAGCGGCCCUCCUAGAUGAGGCUCUGCUCGCCAGGAGCCCCGCCAGCCUCUCUGAGGCCCUCUGCGCCGCCAACGUGGACUUCUCCCACCUGCUGGGCUUUCUCCCCCUCAACCUCCCCCCGUGCAACCCGCCGGGGCCCGCAGGAGGCCUGGUCAUGGGCUACUCCCAGGCCGAGGCGCAGCCCUUGCUCACCAGUUUGCAAGCACAGCCUCAAGACUCCCCCGGAGCUGGGGGGCCGCUGAACUUUGGACCUCUGCACUCCUUGCCUCCGGUCUUCACAUCUGGCCUGAGCACCACCACCCUGCCUCGUUUCCACCAGGCGUUCCAGUAGCCCCCAGGGAGGCCCUUGGUCCAGGCUUGGGCUCCGUCAGGGAGCCUCUGUGCCCACCCUGUCUGCCUCCCCCACGAAGGCAGCUGAGCUUUCAGAGCUGGGUUCAAAAAGAAAAAAUUCCAGUAUCUAUAUGGAGCACUUGGUUUGGGGGUUCAAGGCUCCAGGAUCAGUUCCAGGAGGAGCCCUGAGCCCCAGCCCCAUGAAAAGAUCUCAUACCAUAGAACUUCAGGUAUUUUUACUUUUACUUUUUUGAUCUGAAUCGGGAGCCACACUCAGCCCUCUCCCCCUCCAAAACGUCAGAAGCGCUUUCUCUUCGGAGAAGGAGGCAGUCUCUUGGAGACAGAGGGUUUCACUUUGGAUGACCUCGAGAAAAAUAGCCCAAGAAGCCCGUCUCCUGGUCCCAACUUGCAGACCCCACAGCAGUUGGUCGGGCCCUGCUGCAGAGAAAGGGUCACUUGGCUCCAUCACCUGCUUCCAGCCAGUGGGCAGGAGAGAGGGCCUCUUCCUCCCACCGCCCCCGUCCCUCCUGUACCGACACCUCCACUUCCAGUCAGUGUUGUCCAGCAACGGCACCGUUUACACAGUCGUCUCAGACACACCAUUCACCUCCCUUGCCAAGCUGUUAGCCUUAGAGUGAUUGCAGUGAACAUUGUUUACACGCCGUGAGUCCAUUCCCACCAGUCCAUUCCAGUUGGCACCAGCCGGAACCACUUGGUACCUGGUGUUAACUGGAGCCCUGUUUACAAGGCGGAGUCGGGUCUCGCUGACUUCUCUUCACUUGAGGUCAUGUUUUUCCCCUGUGGGGAAAUAAACUGACUUUGGACUGCUUCAGUCUCUGCCAUCUUCCAUGACUGUGUCUGUUCCUGCCUUCCUCGGCAGUGUCCGUGAGACAGGCAAGAAGACUGGAGCCGUUUUCUCACAGGUCUUCAGUUCUGUUUUUCUCCAAGUACAUCAUGACCCCACCCCCUCCCCGUGAGCUGGAGAGGGGGGACCUGAAAGGCAGGCCCGCUGCUUUUGCUCUCACUCCCCGACCCUACCCCAGACAUCAUGAACUGUUAUCCUUAGUCUCGGAAGGAGGGACUCAGGUUCUAAGCUGGUGUGCAUAGCAAAGGAGAGGGUGUAAAGCCCUGAUUUUGUCUCCUAUUUAUCCCUUUUCCAGGAAGUUGUGGAAUUGUUGGAAGAAGAGUUUUCAGGAAGUUAGGGCUGGGCAGAUAGUUGAGUCCUAACCUGUGGGUAUGUCAUUGGCUCCCAUACUAACCUUUUCUCCACAGUGUCCCCCCCCCCCCCACUCCUUUGCAGUUACCGUGGACUCGGGGUCACUGUGCAUAGGCCUCUCUGCUCUCCAUCAAAGAAAUUCCACCUUCUGCUUGUACCCCCACCACCACCACCUAGCCCCGAUACUUAGCAGGGUUUCUUGCAACAGAUGAUCUGGCUUGUGGGGCUCCCUGCCACAGACAGUGCAGCCCUUGCCCAGCCGAACCCCAUCCCUGCUUCAUUUCUCGGUUUUGGAUGGGCUUCGCUCUUCCCACUCACGGGAGGGAGGCAGCUCAGGGACCACUGAUGUGGGACCCUCAUGAGACACCUCCACUCUGAUUCAGAAACACACUUCUACCUCUUUACUGUUAACUCCUACAAGUGCAGCCAGUAGUUUCUGGGCACCUCUCAGCCGUGCCUCAUGCUGGCUUCUCCACGAGGGUUUCAGGACAAACUACCAAGGAACUGCCUCAGCCUCCUCCCAGUCCUCCUACUCUCCCUUCUAGAAAUCACUUUGCUUUAUCAUCAGGAACUGAGCAGGUCCAAGACCCAGGCUUCUGCUUCAGCCCAGGCCAGUACUCUUUGAGUUGAAAACCUUAAAAUGUAGCUCCCUGGUCCUUAAUUGGAAGCAAUGUGGUGUGAAUAAGCACGUUUUGAUUUAGGCAGGGUAGCUUGGGAUACCUUUUAAAAAAAACAACAAACCAGAUACAAAAAUGUCUGGCAAGGUUAGAAUCAGACUAGAUGAUUUGCUUCUAAAAAUUAGUUUCAGUGAGUCCCAGGGACUAAUUAAGGUUUAUUUUUAAAAGCGUCCCCCUUGGUACGCAGCCACCUCCUGCAUGCUGUGCAUGUUACUGGGACUCGUAUUACAGGAAAUGGCAGGUGAGGGUCCAAGCAGGACUCGGUGCUGCCAUUCUUCUUAUUGUCUCUGGUCCUCAUCACUAGACCCAGCAGCCCUUUACCUGCUCCUGGCCACCUUCCCUGCAUCCCACGUUCAUAGAGGCAGGUGGGCCUCUGGCCACAGAAUAGACAGUCUCAGGCUUAGAGGAGUCCACUCUUCUUGCCUGUCCUUUCCUGUCUCUUCCUUGAAUUCUCUGGCCCAUUAGUGAUGCUGGGAAACUCCUAGAACAGGCAGAGCGACUAUUUAAAGCCUUGUAACUGGGGCCUUGCCCCGUCCCCCCUUUCCAUCCUGCCCCUCUUUUCCUUCAGUGCCCUCACCACACACAAGGAAUUUCUCUAUCACUGUGAACUUUGCUGGUACAGAGGAACAUCUGCCUUCACCUUUUUUUGGACCAUAGUCACCCAGCCGUUUCUUAAACUUCCCUUCCCCAAAUUUAAGGAGGAAAAAAAAAAAAAGGGCCUUAUUGGCCUGGUUGUUCGAAGGA